AUGCCCCAAGGGGUCCCCGCUCGAGGACUUUGGUUUGCGCCUGUGUCCGCUGUGGGUAUCGAAAGCACAGUCGCUCAGGCGGACGGGCCACUAGCAUCCUCACACGACGUCAAGGCCCUUCUUCAGAAGCCUCCGGCGACUUUUGGCCGGAACUCUAUUCCCAGGAGAGACAACCAGUCGACACGCAGCCAAGGAGAGGCUACUGCCGGUGCUGCCAGGGACAAGACGGCGGCUUACCACGCGAGCCUGCAGCACGCAAACUCUCUCUCUGUGUGGUGUCUGCGUGUUUGGCAAGGGGAUAGCCAACCGUGGGCAAUCCCGCAGAUGGUAGCUGGCACACACACAGUCACUCACACACACCACACUCUCUCUCCUCCAUUCUUCUUCCUCUCUCCUCUCCCUUCCCACCGCAGUCAUCGUGGGGAAGGGAACUGCGAGUGCCUGCUGGACCGUGCCGUACAGACCCAAGAUCCGGAUCCUCUAGCAUCAGGUAAAUUCACUCAGCGUCUCUUCCCGCUCCGCCAAAUCAGGUCUGACUGGCAUCCUCGGUGUUCCGUCCACAGCACAAUACCUACUAGCAUCCAUCGCUACCCUGCCGCAUCCCCAUUGUGCCUCCACUCCGGCCCUGUUGCAACCCCCAUCUACGGUCCCCCUAGUCCGCAACGUAGCGCCGCGAACAGUCGAGAACCCCGCUACCACCACGGCAGCGGCAGCAUCGUCGCGGCCGUUUCAACUCGAGCGUCAAGCAGCCGUCGCGCAUCGCCAGACCCAGCGUUCCGAAGCCUAAGCAACGACCGUGACGGCAGCGUCCAAAACGACGUCAGUGCCGACAACAACGACAACAGCAGCCCGACGAGUGCUACAGGUACGACGAGUAGUGGCGGCGACGUUCGAUGUGGCACUGGAGUCCGCAUGGUGUUGAACAAUGGCAUGAGCAUGUCACCGCCAGUCAUGGAUGGAUAUGCAACCCGCCUGCACGAGGGCGGUAGCGAUAGCGAGGACCAGGCCCUGCUGCAGCGGCAGCAGCAACGACAGGCCCAGGAUCAGAGCCUAAUCCAGAGUCGGCAUUACCACCAGGGCCAUAUGCAGAAGCAGCGACAGCGGCCCCAAACCCCUCUCGAAUUCCACCGGUUCAACUUGGAGCGCCUCAGCGCUUCGAAUCUCAGGUCUUCAUUUAGGGUCAAUGCCAGCCCGAGACCUGGUCGUUCCAUCACACCUGACCUCCCUCCAGGUCAAGGUGGUGCUGCGAGCGCUGCGCUUUCUGAUUCUACCAUGGCCCACCCAUCCCGCGGCAUUGGUUCCCAGCAGGGCUCGCCUAGGUCUAUCCCGGGGAGCAUUGGCCGUCGCCAAGGUGUCGUCUUCACCAGCGAUGCUGCUUGCGAUUCUUCGGAUGGCACAGACUCCAGCCCCGCGACUCACCAGCAGAGAAGUUCAAACGGUCCCCCGAUACGGCCCAGGACGCGCACAAUGGACGCCUCUAUGCUAGGGCCACGAGGGCCGUCUUCAGCGGCCGAGUUUCGACAUCGAGUUAGCAGCGUCUCGUCCGGGUCGCAGCCCUCCAUCGACGACCCAAAAACGUUGACGCCAAGUUCCGACCCGGCCAGCUACUCGACGAUACCGACCGUCAGAGUCCCCGAAAUCUCAACCCCAACCUCCGCCUCCAAGGACAAGAGCAAAUCAACUCACCACAAUCGACGGCUUCUAAAGCGUCAACCCUCUCGACCCUCUUCGCCAUUAGUCGCACCCCAGCCCUCUGUCGAUUCCUUCCCGUACCCCAUCCCAACCGACGAUGCGAACCGCCUAAUAUCGCUAAUGAAGGCUCUCGGCGGGCGAAUGCGUGGCGAACUGGAAUACCAGGGUGAGUACCAGGGAACAUGGCACACCGGAAUGGCCUACAUCGACGAGGAAAAGGGCACUCUCAUGUUCGGGCUGGGCCAUACCGGCCAGAACGCUUCCUUCCACAUCCCUCUAGUUUCCGACCUGCGAGGCUGCAAAGUUCACGUCACGGGCUACCCCGACGCAGAGAGGGAAUGCCUAGAGAUUGUCCCCAACCAACUAGGCCUGGAGCUCCUGCUUAGGCCCAUUAUAUCGGAGGAGCUGGAGCUGUGGCUCGCCGCGCUCUUGUGCUGGCAGCAGCUCGCGCCUCUCAACCUCAAAGUACCCAACGGGAAACCCAACAGCCCUUCAGGGCCCAUUCGCCCGGAGAUGAGGCGGCGGGCCAAGUCGAGCGAUGCGGCGAGGGCCACAAACAUCAUCAAGGUCGGCAAGUUCAUGCUCUGGGACAAGGGCCCGGCCAGGUCGGCACGUGCCGUCGUCCAGCGAUCGUCAACGAGGGAUCUCAUGCACCCUUCCAUGUUUUGGAGAAGGAUUUCAUGCGUUUUACAGGAUAAUGGAGAGUUUAGGCUCCUGAUGGAGAACGACGUCUCGGUCUUGUCCAGCAUCGAACUGUCGCAGCUUUCCCGGUGCGCCAUCCAGGGCCUCGACCGCAGCGUCCUGGAAGAAGAGUACUGCAUUGCCAUUUUCCCCAUCUAUGCCUCUACGGCCACCCACGUUUCUAUUUUUCGACCCGUCUAUCUGGCCGUCGACAGCCGCAUCGACUUCGAGGUUUGGUUCGCUCUGCUGCGGACAUUCGCCGUUCCCGACAUCUUUUGCCUGGACGACCCCCAGACGGAUGAAAUUCAGGAUGUCGCCGAUAUCGAGAAAGAUCAACCGGGAGAGGUUUUCCGCAUGGAGAAAAUCAUCAGAGUAAGAGUCAUAGAGGCCAAGAUCAAAGCCACUCCAAGCGUUGAAUGGUUCGCGCCUGAGAAGUGCGGCAGGGUUGGUCCUGAUCCUCUAGUCGGAAGCUAUCUGGCAGAAGUCAUUUUGGAUGGCGAGGUCAGAGCCAGAACGACUACCAAGAUGGACACAAAGAAUCCCUUUUGGAGAGAAGAUUGCGAGUUUAACGAUUUGCCGCCGAUAAUCCAAGACCUGUCCAUUGUGCUAAAGCGAACGGACUGCGGGCCGGACGGGUACUCGAAAUCGGGAAGCUCGCCAGAGAUUAUUUGUGGGAGUGUAAGAAUCGCCCUAAACGACUUGGACAGAGGCCAGGGACAGGAACAGUGGCAGCCCAUCUUGGACGAAAAGCAACAGAACAUUGGUUCAAUGUUAAUCAAGGUGUUUCACGAUGAGCAUGUUGCCCUUUUGUCGAAAGAAUACCAGCCUCUGUCCGAAAUUCUGCACCGAUUCCCAACGGGCCUGACCACACUCAUCUCUGCAUCCCUGCCCGGCCAGCUUCGGACACUAUCGGAGCUGUUUCUCAACAUCUUCCAGGCCUCUGGAUCUGCAAGCGAGUGGCUAAUGGCCCUGGUCGAGGAUGAGAUUGAUGGAAUAGGAAGCCAGACCUCAAUCAAGAAGUACCGGUAUAGCAAUAGGCUCAAGUCGAGUGAAUCGAUGGAAUCCUCCAACGAUCGAGAGGUGAUGGUCCGCGAUAUCCACAAGACGCUAGCCGGAGAGGCCAACCUACUCUUCAGAGGUAACUCGUUGCUAACGCAGUCUCUCGAGUUCCACAUGCGACGCUUGGGCAAAGAAUACCUGGAAGAAAUAUUACAGGACAAGAUAUACGAGAUUAACGAGUUGAAUCCGGAUUGCGAGGUUGAUCCGAGCAAGCUGGCACACACGGGAGGAGAUUUGGAUCAACACUGGGGUCGUCUUAUCCACCUCACGACGGAAAUCUGGCUCUGUAUCGCAGAUUCGGCCGAAAGGAUACCGGCGGAGCUGAGACACGUUCUCAAGUACAUCCGCGCCGUGGCCGACGACCGCUAUGGCGACUUCCUCCGUACCGUCAGCUACACCUCCAUCUCGGGUUUCCUUUUCUUGCGCUUCAUAUGCCCUGCUAUCCUGUCACCCAAGCUGUUCGGGCUGCUCCGAGAUCAUCCUAGACCACAAGCACAACGUACCUUGACGCUCAUUGCCAAGGCACUACAGAAACUUUCCAACCUUUCUACGUUUGGAAAGCGAGAAGAAUACAUGGAACCGAUGAACCGCUUCCUGACCCAACAACGGCAGACCUUCCGAGGCUUCAUCGACCACGUUUGCGGCAUCCCAGCCGAUCGAGGCGGCCGAACCCUACCCCCGAGCUACAUCACACCCGUCACAAUCUUAAACCGCUUGGGGCCUACAGCACGCGAAGGAUUCCCCAGCCUGCCGUACUUGAUCGACCAGGCCCGGGGCUUCGCGAGUCUCGUCAAAUUAUGGGUGGAUUCACGUCCCAUUGACGUCAAGCAGUCCCAAGUAGAUGGGGAGCUGUUGAUAUUCAACGAUCUGUGCUUUGGUUUGCAAAAGCGCGCCGACGCUUGCCUGGCCAAAGUGGUGGAUUUCCGAAACAGAGAGGUCCCUUCGUUCAUGUCCGCCGACCAACUUGCCGAAAUCCUGGAACAGGUCAACUUUACCGGGCCUUAUCACCCGUAUUACCCAGGAAGUCCAUCUUCCAUGCCGAGCAGCUACGAGCGGCCCCCCGGUAGCUCCAGCAGCGAUGGGGGCGGAGAUUCGAAACCAAACCGACGCAGUAAAGAAUGGAAGCGUGGAAGAGACGAAGCGGACUCAAAGAAGGGGAAUAGUCCCCGAAACACAAGCGGCUCAGCCACCGGGAGUGUGAAGCAGAAGAAUGGAAAAGUUGGCAGGAGUCUUUUGAGCGGCAUCAUGAAGAUUGGUGGCUCAAGAGCCGAGAGUCCAGAAACUAAAGGGCAAAGAUGA